GAAAGAUGAGGCUGACUCAGAGUGAGCCUGAUGACUCGAGUAGCCCCAGCUUUGCGCACGGGAAGAUACACAAGCAGGAUUGUAUGAAUCCAAUUCGAAAGCUGCUGAGCAUGGCAGUGAUACUUUCGAGCUGCCGAUUCUGAGGUCUUGCAGUUGACAGCUUCUAUAGACUGAGGCUCUUUGCCCGUCGAUUCCCGCAUGCUGAGCAUCAUGGGCUUUCAUAGAGCUUGAGACACUUUGCAAGAACUUCUCGAUCUCGCCACCACGACAAUAGAACCCCACGGCUCUUCCGACAGGGGGCGGACUUUUCUCCGUUCAGGGUAAAGUCUAAAUUAAUUUGUUUGCCACCCGUCAAUGGCUGGCACUUAAAAUGUCCGAAGUCCUGUACAUGCUUCUAAUUGUCCUUGAUUGACGGGCAACGUGAGCAGCCCGUCUCUUCACGUCCAAUGCUAUCCGACUCGCAUGGCGUCUGGAUCCUGUGUUCCCACUGACGACCUACCGACCAAUGCCUCCGUGGAUUUAUACCAGGAGAUCACGGACGGUAUCCAGGACCUGCUUCUCGUUUUAACCGAAGAUGGUCGCAUCCUACAUGCAUCGACAGCAAGCCAUUCUUUGCUUCAAACUGCGCCACGAUCUCUUAUCGGGAGAUACAUCGCUACAUGCAUGAGUGUCGAUGACAUGCCAGCAUUUCUUCUGGAUUAUGACGCAAACAUGGAGGCGGGAAGAUCCUGGAGAUAUUAUCACAGGCUUCGUCGAGCUGACAAGAGCUUUGUGCCUUUCGACUCGACAUUCAAGUCAUAUACCGGCGAUGUGACGCUCGGAGGUGUCCUUCUAGAAAACACCAGGAUGUGUCUGGUUACUGCGAAGCCCUACAAGCUUCCCAACACAUCCUUGAUGGACUCCUUUCUCGAGCAGUGCACUGAACAAGCUCGGCUCAUCAACAAGGUCCAGCAUUUGCGUCGAGAAGAAUCAGAAGAGUCUGAUGCUGAGUCAGCUACAGCACGGCGUGUCUUGAUGCAUCAUGCAGAAGAUACAAAAACGACAGGAAGCGAUGAUUCUCAGGACGACCCAGAAAUCAUCAACGGUAAACCACGAGUGGACUCUGCGAUAGGAGAUGAGGGAAUCGGCAUGGCGCCCUCACGUGUCCAAUUAGCCUUCGACACUGGCUAUUGGAUCGCGAAACCUCGUGCAAUGAAGCGCAAGUUACAAGAUCAGAAGGCGCAUCUGUGCAAUGAUUGUGGAUCCAUAGCCUCUACAGAGUGGCGGAAGGGUCCCCUGGGUGCGAAGACGCUUUGCAAUGCUUGUGGUUUGCGCUGGGCCAAGUCUCAGAAAGUCAUAGAAGGUCGGAAGAUCAAGGUAGAGGAGGAGCAAGAAGACUUGAACAUGCUGGGGGAGGUCUAAGACCAACAUGCCGGUUCACAAGAUUCAUUAGAAGUGUAACUACAGUCACGAGGCGCAGCGCUGGAAUGCAACACACAAUCGACUUCAUGAGAAGCUCGGAUCGCACAACACAUGGAUUGGGGAGCCCGUUCUCCUGGGUAGACUAUACAAAAUUAUACUGUAUCAUUCGUGGUAAGGUUCGACAUUAUAUACUCAUCGUAAUCACGUCGACCGUGUACACCACUACUCACAAAGCCGUGAAGCCAGAAGUGACCUGAAUAUCUCUACUGCUAAAUCCAGC